CGGCUUAUAAGGACAGAUUUCAAGACAUUUCACAGAGCUAUGAGGACCCUCCUGUUUAGGAGGACAGUUGGCUGUCCUCAUAAAAAUAACCCAUAUAAAACCUUUUCUAAGCAUGUUUUAAUACCUAAAAAGUGGUUUUCUCAAAAGUCUUUGUAUACCAAAAACCUGACAUAUGUUGUAUAUUUGUGUGUCCGCCACUGCCCCCUAUCGGUUGUCGUGGUCCCUGCAUGCAGCGACACACAAGCGCGGGAAAUUAUACACAACGCGGGACUUUAUACACAACGCGCGAAAUUAGACGCGAAUUCAACACUCAUUUUGAUUGGCUGGAUGGGAGAGAGCUUCGACUAUCAACAGGUGAUUCAAUUUCCCGGGAGUUCUGGAAGUGCACGUUCUGGAGAAAAGCAAAUUGUGUCAUGCCACGGAGAACUACUCCCCUUCAGGAUGCCAUUAAUCACAUCCUUGAAGGAAGAGACAAGAAUUCAAUGUUAGAAAUCAAAUAUAUUAAUCCAGUUAAAGGUCGUGGUAUCUUCACUUUAGCUGUUUUCAAUCAAGGAGACUUCGUGGUAGAGUACAGAGGGGAGCUGAUUGAUGCAGCUGAAGCUGAACAUAGACGUAAACUGUACCACAAUGCAUGUUCGAUCUUCAUGUUUGACUUCAUAUGGAAGCGGAAGACAUGGUGUAUUGAUGGAGCACUUGAAGAUGGGUCAUUUGGGCGACUGGUAAACGAUGAGCACAAGGCACCGAAUUGCAGAAUGAAGUUGAUCGAAGCAGAAGGGAAGCCACAUCUCUGCCUUUUUGCACUGAAGGAAAUUACGGCAGGAACUGAAAUCACUUAUGACUAUGGUGGGAAAGAAUGGCCCUGGCGUAAAGAGAUUCCCCCUACUGUUACAAGCACUGCUGCCCAAGAGUCUAUUAAAGACCGUUUUCAAGACCAAACCAUGUCAUCCACAGUCUCUAUUGAAGAGACCAGAGAGAGACCAGAAGUCCAGUCCUGCAAUAUAACAUCAGGCAGUUCUGCUUGUGAGACACAGCUCAGUGGUGCAAGCAUCCCUUCUGGCCAACACUCCGUUGCAGAGCUUGGUGACCACGCCCAUGACGUGGAACCCAAUGUUUCCUCUACAGACUUAUUCAGAGACACUGAGUCGAGAGCAGAGUGUCAGUCAUCCAGUCCCGCACCAGACAGCCCUGAGCAUGAGGUGCAUUGUGUCAGAGGUCAAUGUGGCACUUCUCCAAUCCCCUCUUUCGCAGAAGAAGUUGGUGUCCAGCAGCAGGAGGUGUCACCCCCUGUGUUCUCAACAGACCUUACCAGUGAGACCGAAUUGAGAUCAGCGUGUCAAUCAUCCGGAGCCACACCAAACGACUCUGCUUGUGAGGUGAGUUUGAAUUUACCUUAGUUUUGAAAUUGACCAAUGUUAGAAGUACUGUGAUG